ACCAGUACACAGCAGCAGUCCGGCUAGAUUUGCUGCUAGCCUCAGUGGAUCAGCUGCUAUUGUUCGUGAUGUGUGUUUAGAUUACCCUUUCACUUGCUAGUAACCUCACCUAUCUGAAGAUGUGCCGUUAAAGAAUGCGAUACAUGUUGCAUCUGCAGUGAGUUUGGAGACAUCCUAGUUGUCAUGGAGAAGCCAUGGAGGUUAUGGGGGGCACUGGAGGCGUGUUUGCUGACCAUGUGCUCGUGGUCAUGGAGAGCCUGCCACAUCUCUCUGCUGGCCCUCAUUCUGACCUUCCACCUGUAUGGAGGGUUCAUACUGCUGGCACUCAUCUUUGCUUCUGUGGCCGGAAUCCUGUACAAGUUCCAGGACGUCCUGCUUUACUUUCCCGAUCAGCCCUCAUCCUCGCGCCUCUAUGUUCCCAUGCCGACGGGAAUCCCGCACGAGAAUGUGUACAUCCGCACCAAAGACAGUGUGCGGCUCAACCUUAUCUUGCUUCGGUACACUGGUGAGAACCCUGCCUCUGCCCCCACCAUUUUGUAUUUCCACGGCAAUGCAGGAAACAUUGGCCACCGUGUGCCUAACGCCCUACUCAUGCUGGUCAACCUGAAAGCCAAUGUAGUUUUGAUGGACUACAGAGGCUAUGGUAAGAGUGAAGGAGAACCAAGCGAAGAGGGACUCUACCAGGAUGCUGAGGCCACCUUGGAUUAUGUUAUGACCCGGCCAGACAUCGACAAAACAAAAGUGGUGCUCUUCGGUCGGUCGUUGGGGGGUGCGGUGGCCAUCCGCCUGGCUUCAGGGAAUCCACAUCGAGUGGCUGCCAUUAUGGUGGAGAACACUUUCCUCAGCAUCCCGCACAUGGCGGCCACACUGUUUUCUUUCGUUCCCAUGCGUUACCUGCCCCUCUGGUGCUACAAGAACAAGUUUCUGUCCUAUAGACACGUGGCACUCUGCCGUGUUCCAUCUCUCUUUAUCUCGGGCUUAUCAGAUCAACUCAUUCCACCUGUCAUGAUGAAACAGCUGUAUGAGCUGUCUCCGUCUCGGACUAAACGCCUCGCAGUCUUUCCAGAGGGUACGCAUAAUGACACUUGGCAGUGCCAGGGUUAUUUUGCCGCUCUGGAGCAGUUUAUGAAGGAACUGCUGAAAAGUCAUGCACGGGAAGAGACCGCGCAGGGGACAACUAAUGUCACUAUAAUCUAGAGCGGUAACUACUGUUGACUGCUAGAAAUCCGGACCCUCCAAAAUAGAAUGUACAAUUCUCUCUUUUUAUUUUGUCUUCUCCCCAACUUCCUAGACUCUUUCUUUUCAUUGACCAUGCACCACAAAUUCAUUAUUUACAGCUUCAUUUAUGUAAUGGAGAAGAUUGCUUUUUUAAUACCUUUGAGAUUUUUUUCUGUGUUAUGUUUUUUAAAAAAGGAAUAGUUGACACAGAAAUUAAAGUUCUGUAAUCUUUAAACACCGUGUCGUUCCAAACCUGUAUGACUGACUUUCUACCAAGGAAUGCAAAAAGAGAUGUUAGGCUGAAUGUCUGGGCUGCUCUUUUCCAGAUGAUGAAAGUGAAUGGGGACUAAUUCAAAUGGGCUACUUGUGUGGUAUUUUUAUAGUGCUUUUUUUGAAGCUUGAAAGCCCCAGUCCCUUUUCAAAUUCAUUGUAUGGACAAAAGCAUUGUGUAUGUUCUUCUUCCCCUUUUGUGUUUCUAUGAAGAAAGAAAAUCAAAGGAUUUGGAACGACAUGAGGGUGAGUUAAUUACAGAAUUUUCAUUUUUGGAUGUAUGGUUCUUUUAAAAUAUGAAUUCAUAUUUUGAUAUCCUGUCAGUCCCUUUUUUUCAUUUAUAGACUCACAAAUGUUCCUUUUUCACAUACAGAAAUCUACCCUCAAAAGGAUACUAAAUGCCCAGUCACCUGCAAAUACUGCUAGAAAAUUAAGUUAUUUGCCCAAUCACAACUGUCCAAACUUCUGUCUUAUAUUUAGUUUGAAACAGAACAACAGGGCUCAUACUGAUACUUUUCAAAUCAUGUUCUGCCUUUCAAUACCACUGAAUACAGUUAUAUGAACCAGGGGCAACUGAUCCUAGUUCAGACAUCUUUGUCUUCGACAUUUCAUGCAUUCAGUCUACUGUACCUGUAUUGUGUUAUAGCUUUAUUGGAUCUCACUGCCUUUUUUUUUUUUUUUUUAAACGGAAGGUUUAAAAUCCACUCAGGAAAUCGACUCAUUGUGGUUUGAUCCCAUGCUUUGGAUUUGCAUAUGGAGCUUGUGUGUGAGAGGUAUAGAUUUCUAUCACUGAUUUUCAUGUGGGCUGCAGGACAUUGUGAGCACUGAACAAAAUACCAUCACAAAAAGCCUAAAGUAUGUUUUCUGUCCAUCUCAGGCUUAGUGAUCUUCUAUAAGUUGGAGUGAAAUCGCACAUACCAGCUGCUUGACAGUGUUCCAAGCACAGUCCAUUUGCACAAGUUGUAAAUAAGAUAUUUUUCUUUUUCUUCUUUUUUAAAUCAGGGCAAGAGCUUAACAUCAAAUCUCUGCCUAGGACUUGUUUUGUUUUGGAUCAUGUUGGAUAACUUGCCCACUGCACCAACAAACCCAUUUUAUUUAACUGUUUACAGUUCCCUUAAAGAAUAGUUCACCCUAAAAUUAAAGUUAUGUUUUCAUUUACUUGCGUUGUUCCAAACAGUAUGCCUUUCGAAGAAGAGAUUUUUAAGAAUGUUGAUGCUGCUCUUUCGCAUGCAGUAAAUUGUGAACUCUAAAAGUUACGAAUAAGCACCAUAAAAGUGGUCCGUACAACUCUAUUUGAAUCAUUAUUUGCUGGAGACCUACUGAACGCACUACGGUCUAUUCAAACUUGCAUGUUGUUAUUGGUCACUGGAAAUGCAAGAACCAACAACGUUUGCCACCGUGUCAGAAAUUAACUUUUUCAUAAAGGAGCAAAAACUGCACCUGGAUUUGAUUUUCAGGUGCAUUUUAAAUGUUUAAGAGGGCUUUUCUUUUCCUAAACAUAUAAAAUAUAUAGCCAUAUGCUGAAACUUUUUAUUUAAAUACAUCAGUUUAAUCAAUUCAUUAACGUACAUUCUCAAUCGGAAUUUUAUAUUCAAAAUAUAUUAAAAAUAAUGUAUAUGUGAUAAUGUGUAUAACUAGGCUUAGAGUUGAAUAUUAUGAAUUCAUAUAUAACAAUGUUAUGCCCCCACAUUUUGAAUUUCAGAGGCAUUUUUGGCACUUUUGCAAAAUUCAAAAUUGCCUUGGCAUGAAUUGAAUCAACAUAUUUGAAUAUAUGUAAACACGGUUCGUGAUUCUCAUUGGAAAAAAGGCAAAAUUUUGGUCUCUUCCUCACAAAAGCUAUCAUAUGGCUUCAGAAUACUUGGAAUAUAGUGCACGAGUUGUAUAAGCUAUUUUAUGGUGUUUUUUGUCAUUUUUGGAGCUUUCAUUGUUUGGAAAAGAAGAGCAUCAACAUUCUGCUACAUCUUCUUUUGUGUUUCAUGGAAAAAAGGAAAUCAUUUCAGUUUGCAGUGAUAUGAGGGUAAGUAAAUGAUGACUGAAUCAUUGAUGGGUGACUAUCUCAAUAAAAAUCAUUCUCAACAAUUAACUUACUGAAUCAGAAGUAAAGACAUGCAGGAGGUCCAGAACAGCGACGGUUUGUCCUUUCUAUUGUCUAAUUUUGGUGGUGGAUGGUCUACCACCAAGUAUAAAGUGAUCAUGAAUGGUGGACCUUGCAAAUCUGACUCAUGUAAUAAGUGUUGGAUCAGUGCACAUCCAUGUCUGUAAUUAUUGCCUGCUGUAGAUGCUCAGUAUAUUUUGUUUAACCUUAAAAACACAUUUACACUUAAUUGUAAUGCGUCAAAACUGCCUGUGAAUGUUAAGACUUCAAGACAGAGUGAUUUUAUCACAGAUUGCAUGCAAAUGUAAAUAUCUAUAAACCAGAGGUUAUUCUCAGGCUUCCAAAGUCCACCUUUCAAGAUUCGACGGGAUAUUUCGGGCUUGAGUUCUCAAGGGUGCUUGAGAGAUUUGUACAGUAGUGUGUCCAGUGUUAUGUAUGGUUAUUAACAGACAGUACUGAACAGAAUGACAAGUGGAAUCAGCCAGUGCAAGACAUCUUGUUCCCAAGAUGCAGGAAUUUGGGUGGUUUCAGAACAUAAAUUACAGAGUUACUUUUGUUAAACAGUUUAUUGGCCUUUUCAUAUAAAAUAAAUAGUUUGAUCAUUUGAAGGGUCAUUGCUUGGCCAUUAUUGAUAGUAUAGGCCUAAUUAGAUGAACUGCCUCUAAAAACCAAGAAUUCUUGGAUUUUUUCCAAAUUCAUAUAUGCUUAUUUUUGUCAAAUGUCAUGUAUAGUUGCAAUGCAUUUAGUUGAACUCACAGUGAUGUGCCAUGAUACCUUAUUGAAUGUCUGUGUGGUUGAGUGUAAACCUUGGAUCAAUAACUUGUUACAAAGAUGCUGAAAUAUCAAGAUGAAAUAAUCAAAAUACUACAGUUUACUAUAUUUGACUAAUCAUCGGUAUGUUCUGGCCAAUCUCGGGUUAGUUUGUAUGUUGAAAUCUCAUUUCAUCUUGUUCAUAAACGUUAAAAAAAAAUGGAAUAAUAUAAAGCGCUGCUCAUGUUUUGUAUUUGCUUUUUACCAGUACACAGCAGACCUGAAGGAUUCAGGAGGGGGUUAUUCUUUCAACAUUUGUGUUUUGAGCUAUGGAUUUUCUAUUCAAAUCAUUUAUCCAUGUAAAUGCAAUUGAAUCACUUUCUAUUUUCCGUAUGGUGACAUGCAAUAAAGAAAUCAAACCCUUCUGA